AUGCUCAAGGUCGAAGAUCUGAAUGUCUCAACAGUCGCUGGUCUCAUUGCCGCUGGAGUGUUCAUUGUUCAAUAUGUGGUACCCACGAUUCUUCCUUUGAUUUUGGUUGGACUUUUAGGCAAGGAAAACACCGCCGCAACAUGGUCUGUUGUUGGUCGAACUUUGCAUUCUUCGCCCUGGCCUUCGAUCUUACGAACAGAGUCUGCAGGAGUACGAGGUAUCAGUGCAAGCGUUCGAAUGGUAGCGCUAUUUGAGGCUUUCUUGCUGCUACUUCUCUCCGUAGCAUCCAUCGUCACACCAUUAGGUUUGUACGAGGCCGUCAUCGCUGAGGACCAUCUUACCGAGGAGAUGUUCAGCUAUGCACAAGAUAGCACAUCCUUCGGCGUUGGCACCCUUCCCAGGCGAAACGAUAUCGGGCUUUCUCGUAUGUGUUGGGGCUUCAAACCGAGCAUCUGCCCCUGGUCUAAUACUACACUGAUCGAGUCCCGUAAUUCGACUACGUACACAGCAGAUCUCCCAGAUGGAUACGAUGUCCGCAUUCCAAAAAACAUAACCGAUAUAUAUUCAGCUGGAUUUUCGAAAUUCGAUAGCUCCGUUUCCAGCGUUUUCGACAUUCAAUGGAGGACUUACAAGAAAGUAUUGCACAAUAAGUUCAUGAAAGACAACCGGUCGUACCUUGUGGGAGACUACCGAUAUCUGCAGUCGAUCGCGCUUAAUGACAAUCUACAGGCCAUCGAAGGCCUUGUAGUUGAUACCAAAGACGGAAUGAUUGGGUUCCGUAACCACUCAGUGCCUCCCCACCUUCCCUAUGGGAGCACCUGGUCUGAGGAUCUUCUUUUCAUCGAGCCAGAAACCCAAUGUGUGGACCUAAAUAUUACCUUGGACUUUAACAUUCCGCUUUCUUCGGAUACAUUUGGGUCUGUAGAGAAUCUCAUGCUCACGGACCGGGGAGGAUUCGCAAAUUUCAACAAGGAAAUUCCAUCGUAUGAUACGAACAAUACGUGGGCAAAUACAAGCUUGCGCGAUCGCGCAUACUUCGCUGCAUGGUUUAGUAACGUAUAUGCGAUGUUCUAUCUAAAUGUCACAAACCCAAAGAUGAAACCAUUCUCAACGCGAUUUCAGUACCUAAACUCAAGCGUGGGUACCCAAUUUCCGGUCGGCGAUAAUAAAUCGAUUGGAGCAUUUGAUGUUUCUUUUGACCAGAUGAAGACAACUCAUGAAUUUGGAAGAUUCCUGAACAUUCCAGAUACGUUUUUCAACCGCAGCAUCUCGAAUUCAUUAGCUUAUGCCAAUCCGUUCAAGAUCGGCGAAUCCAAUUUCACCAAUAUAGGAACGGCAUGUUCAAACAGCGAUGGCGACAACUUUGCUAACAUUUCUAACGUUGCAGUUUCCUGCGGAAUGAUGUAUGGUGCGGCGAGGAGAAAAGACGGUACUGCAUCCUUGUUCUUCGACCCAGGAUCCGAGUGGACAAUGCCGCUCUAUUCGUGUGCUUCUGCCUCCAAGGUCUCUAUCAAAACAGUCCAAUUCGUCUACAACGGCACCGCAGGGUUACAAUCUCUCAAAAUUCUCGACAUCAAGCCGAAGACAUACACCAAAGACGAGGACAAGCCAUUGUGGGCUGUAGAAAAUCUGAAAAUGCGUCUCCAAGACGUGAAUCCCAUAUGGGGAAUAACCACUCCGGAACACGCGAACCACCCGAAUAUAUCAACAGCUCGUCAGGAAUACCUCUACCUUCCAGGAAUGACUGACUUGCUGGCCGCCUCACCAACAAAGGCCUCACAGAAUCUUGCUGGCGUCGAUUUUUACUCAAAUGUCAUGGGUGUGGCCUAUGAGAUGACUGAUGUUUCAAACAACGGAUAUUACGGUAUUCCUGACUAUACAGGGAAAAGUAACCUUGCCAUGUACGUUAAAUGGCAGGAGUUGUCCCGCAACGCAUCGGCCGCUGCCAAGAUCAUCAACCUAAUGUGGACGGAUAUAGCCGCAAAUGCUGUUGUAGGAACUAAAAGCCAACUGCCGUCGGAGUCCUUGCAUAAUCUUGGCAAGCGGGCCGGAGCAAAGGCGACUGCACUAGUUCCAGUCACUAUUUAUACAAGAAGGAUACGCUUCCAUCCCGCCUACGGUGUCCCGGCGUUUCUCGUCUUGGCACUUUGUGCCCUCGUUGUAUUCAUGUCCUUUGGUCUAAUGCUCCUUGGUCGAGCAACCCCAUCGGCUAUGCGACGAAACUUGAACCAAACUUCUGCCGGCCGGAUUCUG